CAUAUCUGUCCAUCACAGUGCAUUGCCAGUCAUGGUGGAUAGGACACUUUGUACAUGAAGGUUUUUGACUGUACGGGCUAAAUAAUAAUCCCGAACAGGAGUUAAGGAUUUCAUGUAUAAUUGCUGACAUUUUGUCAUCAUUUUUUAUUUUGUUGCCUGGUUUGGUCUUCGUUGCACUUUUCUCGUGUACGGGCCGCAAGAACCCUGGUGUUAAUCGCACAGAUGUGGAUCUAGUAGCUGCUCCGGACUUCAUCACCAGACCAUCAUCAUCAUCAUCACCAGAUUUUUUGGGGGGGUGUUUGGAUAUCACAACAGACACCUAUUGGAUGACUUGCACCCUGAGCGGACCAUGAUCUGACGGCCCUACCAGGAGGCCAUAGUGUUUCUUUCUUCCUUUCCUCCUCCUUUUCUUAUCAGUGGAGGAAGACAGGUGAGCCCAGCUGCCUAAGACAGGUGGCAUACGGAGAGAGAGAGAGACUCUCUCACACACAACUUUAUACUCAGAGGCGACAAGUUGCCGUUCGUGGUCCUGUCAGUCUAGAUUUUGACCUCUGACCUCACCACAAUCCCAACCCUGCCCCCACCCCGCUCGGCCAAUCACAGCAGCCAUGGGAAGGAAAAAGAUUCAGAUUCAGCGAAUUACAGAUGAGCGCAACAGACAGGUGACCUUCACCAAACGAAAGUUUGGUCUGAUGAAGAAAGCAUAUGAGCUCAGUGUGUUGUGUGACUGCGAGAUCGCCCUCAUUAUUUUCAAUCACUCAAACAAGCUCUUCCAGUAUGCCAGCACUGACAUGGACAAGGUGCUGCUCAAAUACACAGAGUACAAUGAGCCGCAUGAAAGCAGGACCAACGCAGACAUCAUUGAGGCUCUGAACAAGAAAGAGCACCGGGAUUCAGAGAGUCCGGACCCCGAAGAGCCGUUCUCCCUCACGCCUCGCACAGAGGAGAAGUACAAAAAGAUAGACGAAGAGUUUGAUAAAAUGAUGCAGAGCUAUAGACUCUCCACAGUGCCGGCGCCCACCUUUUCCAUGCCAGUCACAGUUCCGGUGUCCAAUCAGAGCCCUUUCAGCAAUCCCGGCAGCCUCGUCACCACUUCUUUCAUCACCUCCACACUCACAGACCCGCGUCUGCUGUCGCCACAGCAACCGCAGCACCAGAGGAACACGGUGUCUCCAGGCCUGCCACAGAGACCUGCUAGUGCAGGUGCUCUGCUGGGAGGUGACCUCAACAAUUCAAAUGGCGCGUGCCCGAGCCCUGUGGCCAAUGGUUACAUCAGUGCCAGGGCCUCCCCAGGACUCCUUUCAGUCUCCAACGGCAACAGCAUGGGGAAAGUAGUUCCGACCAAGUCUCCCCCUCCGCCCAGCACUCAGAUGGUGAACAGUCGUAAGCCGGACCUUCGGGUCAUCACCUCCCAGAGCGGCAAAGGCCUCAUGCAGCUGACAGAUGAAGAACUGGAGUUGGUGAGUGAGAAUGCUCAGCGGAUAGGCACCUCUCAAGUGACCCAGCCUCUUACCACACCGGUGGUUUCCGUGGCAACGCCGAGCCUCCUGACUCCAUUCUCCAUGCCUACCGCCUACAACACAGAGUACCAGCUAACAAGUGCAGAUCUCACAGCCCUCCAGGCCUUUACGCCGUCGGGUGCACUGUUGCCAAGCAACAUGACCACUUGGCAGCAGCAGCCAUCAGUAUCCCAGCAACCACAGCAGCAGCCAUCUGUUUCCCAGCAACAGUCUCAGCAGCAGCAACAACAACCACAGCAGCUAACUCUGGCCUCCCUAAGUAACCUUGUCAUGUGGGGCUCAGACAAACAGAACGGAGAGAUGGCUCACUGCAUCUCUGGUCUGGCUGCUAAUCUCAGUGUGACCUCUCAGGGCAGCUUACUCUUGGGCAGGGAGGAAGGGUUCAGCUGGCCGGUAGGAACGAUCCCUCACGGAGCGACUCUGACGGUUAACACUAACCCCAACAUCAGCAUCAAAUCCGAGCCGGUGUCUCCUAACCGGGAUCGCAGCACCCCCAGUUCCACCGUGACGGGCCUCACCGUGACCCAGUACCCGGCGACGCUGCGUAUGGAGCCCACUGGCCGCUCUCCGGUCGACAGCAUCAGCAGUAACGGCAGCUCUUACGAGGGCAGCGAUCGGGACGACGGCGGUCAGCCGCGCCCGCCCGAUUUCAACUUGAGCGCUAUGGGUCACCUCCGAGCUUCUGGAGAUCAACCUGCCCAGUCGGAGCAGCAGGAGUCAGCCAACGUCAAACGCAUGAGACUGGACGCCUGGGUGACAUAAACGCUGACGAAGAAAGAGAGAGAGAGCGACCGUCUCUCACACAUGUACACACACACUCACAAACACACCCCUAGUGGCUCUGCAUUCAGCAGCGAAUCUCAGUCCGCACUUAGACACAUGCAUGCGCCUGUAUUUCUCUCUGUCUCUCUCUCUUCCUGUCUUUCUUUCUGUCUCACUCUCAGACACGCUCAUAUUUACCGGUGUGUGUAGAUGUUUAUAUAAAAUAUGCAUAUGUGCUCACACACACACACACACACACACACACACACACACACACACACACUAGAUCUUGCCAAUCCAGGUGUACACAUGUAUACGAGACUGAAGUAAUGGACCAGACAGAAGGGCUUCUGGUCGUGUCUCUGAUCUUCUCUCCCUGCUCGGUUCAGAAUUACAGCACACGAAGGCAAUCUGGAUUGGAAAUUUUACAGGCCUUACCGCCAACCCACCUCGCCAACCCAAGGUUCAGCAGCAUUGCUUUGUUGAAACAAUACGAAUGCUUGUUAUUUUGUACAGACAAGCCUGUCAAUCUGUUUUUCCUUUUUUUUAGAUCUUGUUUUUGUAACGAUUUGUUUUUGUGGGAAGUAUCGCCAUUUGUCUCGCUUUUCCUUUUUACGUUUUUUCAUCCUUGCUCGAGCAGCUGUCUUUAGAAACGUUCCUUUGGCAAUGGAGUUAUAGUAGAAUUUACUUCGUCUUUCAAAUCUUGCAAAAACUCAGCGUUGUGUGUGUCGGCUGCGAGACACAACUCAGUCAAAACUCCACUCAUAUUCUCAAUAUUUGUUUUAUAUCACAGUCUCGCACUGGUCCUAUCGUGUGUGUGUCUGAGUUUCUGAUGAGAACGCCGCUUCUUAUCCUCAAAGAUGCAUGGACCGUAGAUGUGGAAAUGAAUCUCUAUCUGUCCUGCAGGAAACGCGUUUGCGUGUUCUCGGGCUGCUGUGUGUUUUGGAGCGCGUGGUUGUUAUCCUUCAAUUCUGCUUGUUUACGACGACAGCGGUCUGGCACAUUAUGCUGUAUUUAUUAUUUGUCUGGAUAAUUCAGAGAAUAAUUAGUGAACCGUCUGGCUCAGUUAUGCUUAUGAUUAAUUUAAGAUUCUAGAAAAAGUAAAAAAGUUGUGGAUAAAGCCUGAGUUGUUUGGAACUCAGGGUAACGUGUUUUUAGACGUUAGAGGACGUGUAUAUACAACAUUUUUCUCAGUGUUUCAGUAAAAGUUUAUGUAUAGCAAAACGGUUGAUGUCAAACACAGAACCCGGCAGAAAGCAAGGAUAUUUAAGUUCUAGAUAACUCAGCUGGGUCAUUUUUGUAGAUCUCUAGAGCUCAGAGAGAUCUGGAAAGAGUCUGUCUGGAGCCCUUGUAGCGCUGUGUGUGCUGAGAGAGUAGAGGAGAUGAGAUUGUACAUAGCUAUGUAUGUUCCCAUAUACUCUGCCGGGUCUUUCUGAAGCAGCGCUGUAAUCUCAGUGGAACCGUCUCUACCUGUAAAUAAACUGUAACGUGUUGUGAGUUAGAAAGGUGGAGAGGCAGAAGAAGGGAGGAUUUGACUGUUUUUAGCGUGACUCUUUUCUGUCAUUUUUAUUCUGAUGGCGCGCACUUUAAAACGCCCCCCCCCCUUCUCCGCACACCUUCAAACACACAAUUUUCCAGAGAGGAAUUUCAGGACUGCUCCUGGAUGAUUGACACAUCUCCUCCCUCAUGUUAUCAUUUACACCAUCAGUCCCUCACAUCCCCAGCAUGAAUUUUCUAGAGAGGUUCCUGGACAGCUCGGAAGGGAAUACAUGCCUCCCUGUACAGUAUAUAAGAUGUUUAUGUUAUAGCAUUCAGGGAAGGACGUUACGUUUUGUGAGAUCAUGGCUUAUAUUGCACUUCACGCGUUUAACCGUAAACAGUAAUAAAAGAAGUCACGUUUUGUAAAAAAAUGGAAAAAUAUGACGAACAAAAAGAAUGUUGUACUGAAAUCUAGAUUAGGCUUUACACGUGUUGCAAAUGUGACAAUGAUGUACACAAAUUGUUUUCUGUGCAUUAGUGUAUUCUCUAAGUGACUAAGAUGAAGGGUGUUUCCGUGACGAUUUUUUAAAUUUCAAGCUAGUGGUCACAGACCAAUUCUGUUAGGAAAGUCUUAGAUACCGCAGAAGGGAGAUGGGUUUAAAAUGAUUUGAAAUAUGUUGUAUUUGUCCCUCAAGAAAAAAGACUUUUAAGUGUUUUAAAAUUACGUUUGUUUUAGCUGUAGUAAGAGAAUCUUUCUCAACACCAAGGUGAGACGUAACUAUCAUUGGCUUCUCUACCUCACCACCACCUCUCCUUCAGUAUCUUUCUCUCCUUUUUCCACUCCCUCACUCACAGAGGAAGACAGCAGCCAUUUCAUUUCACCUCAACAGGUGACCCACCUUUAAUCCAGAUUACGCACGCACACACACACACACACACACACACACACACAUGGAAACAGUACCAAUAUGGGAGUUUGUAAAUCUUGGAGAGUCCACUUUUAAUGGCUGCACUCAUGUUUGCUUUAGAUCUGGACACCACAGAAUUUUUAUCCACCUGGCUGAGGUUCUAGAGCUACUGGGCAUAUGUUUUCUAGAUUUUAAUCAUCUGGAGACCCUCUGUUGACUUAAAGACUGUUGUGUCCUGAGCUUUGAACAAAUGCAGUAAUUUAAGACAAGUACAUUCAAGGAAACAGCCUUAUACUUGAAGCUGUUGACUGUAAAGCAAUGCGCCUGAGACGCUCUAACUGAUAUAUUAGACCAGGCUGGUGCAUCAGAGUGGCCAGUUGUGUUGAUUUAAGGGUAAGACAACGUUCAAAACGCUUUCCCAAGGACCUCACGAUAACAGUAGGAAUCUGAGUAAUCGAAGAAAAGACAAUCGUCCAGUGAAUGGUUAACUUUGGCCCUUGUAUUCCCUUUGUAUGAUGUCUAGAAAUUCUCACAUACUUUUUCUCGUGUUAAUUUGUGCUGGUGACAGUUUUAAUGUCUGUUUUUAUUAUCAUUUUUAUGAUAAUUAUCAUUACCAUUAUGGGUAUCAUCGCAAAUGGUAAUUAUGAUAAUAAAUUUAGAGAGACGGUUUUUAUUUUCUGCGGUUUUUGUGUAGGUUAGGCAUCCUAUUUUUAUUUUAUUUUAUUAUAUGAAUAUUAUAUAAAUAUAUUAUAUUUUUUGUUUUCCUUUUUUUGUUGUUUGUUUCAGGUUUUUUUGUUUUCCUUCAAAGGGGUGUUACUAAUAUUGCACGAUUUAUUAAGUAAAACAAAACCGUUGUAGUAAUAUUAGUACUUCUUGCUAAUUGAGGGAAGCGAUAAAACAGGUUUGAUAGAACGACCAGUUCAAUGCUGCAAUUUUUAGUCAAUUGUACAAUAGUAUCUACACAUAGUUAAGGUGGGACAUCCACACAUUUAAUUUAUUCUGAUCAGACACAAUGCAUGGGCCUCAGACAAGCAAAGAAUGAGUCAUAUUAUAAAUAAACUGAAAUGUAAUUUCAAUAAGAAUAUACAACACACAAAACUAGAAUAGACAUUGAAGAAAAAAAGUUUUAAAAAAUAUAGCUAAUAUAUUGUGUUCGGCUAGUCUGCUUUGAGUUUUGUUGUAAAAAAAAUAAAAAGACAAAAAAAUAAAAAAAAGAUUCUGUUGUUUUCGGAGAAUGAUAUACAAUUUGUGUAUAUUUUCAUAAACAAAGUAUGCACUGAUAUGUUAUUACAAAUUCUAUACUGCUUUUACAAAAGAGUGUUUGUUAUUGUACCAAAGUAUCCAUUGUCCUUUAUGACCCUCCCCUUUUGCGUAUGUUUUAUUGUAUUUUAUAUAUUAAAUAGACAAGUUGACCUACACAGAAGUACGAGUCCGUCUGUUA